AUGACUGCUUUAUCACUAAAGAUGGGAAUCGAAACAUUGUUCUCUAAAUACAAUUUGAGCAUAUCAAGAUUACGUGGACAAGGUUAUGAUGGUGCGAGUUAUAUGCGAGGUCAGUUUAAUGGGUUAAAAGCACUUAUAUUGAAAAAUAAUGAAUAUGCCUUCUAUGUUCAUUGUUUUGCUCAGCAACUUCAACUAGCACUUUUAGUUGUGGCAAAAAAGGAUACAAAUAUUGAGAAACUAUUUUUGAAAGUUUCUUAUAUGAUAAAUAUUGUUGGAUGGUCACCUAGAUGUCAGGAUCUUCUUAUUAAGAAACAAGCUUUGAAGGUGAAAAAAGCUAUUGAAAGUGUGCUUGAGGAUCUUACUAAAAAUUCUGAUAAUAGAGUUGAAGCAGGUGAUUUGGAGGAUUAUAUGACUUCGUCUGAUUUUGCUUUUAACCUGCACAUGAUGAAAAACAUUUUGGGAAUCACAUUUGAGCUUUCACAAGCAUUGCAAAGAAAGGAUCAAGAUAUUAAAAAUGCUCUAUCUUUGAUUCACUUGUCCAAAAAAAGAUUAUUGUUGAUAAGAAAUAGUGGAUGGGAUAAUCUACUUGAUGAAGUUUCUCAUUUUUGCAUUGCUCAUAAUAUAAAUGUGCCAAAUAUGGAAGAGAAAUUUGUUACACGAGGGAGAUCGAGGCGUAAUGUUCAAGGGAUGACAAAUUUAUUUCAUUAUCGUGUCGAGUUGUUCUAUGCCAUAAUAGAUUUACAACUAUCAGAGCUUAACAUUUAUUUUAAUGAAGUUGUUGAAGAUUUGUUGAAGAUUAUUCCACGUGCCUCGCUUAUGCUAUGUGGUACAUUGUUUCAUAUGCAUUGUUGUAUGUAUAUUCUGAAUCUAAUUGUUCAAGAUGGCUUAUCGAUGAUUGGACAAGCAAUUGCAAGAAUUCGUGAGAGUGUUGUUUAUUAG